AUGUCACCCAUUCCUGAAGUAGCUAUGCCUCAAAAUAGCGUUAACGAAGAAGAAUCAUCGUCUAGUAGUGAUGAGGACCCACCAAGUAAUAAUGAGUCCAACUUUAUUCCUGUAACAGUCUUUCAAGAUGCUGCAGGAGACUAUUAUUUAUGGCUCGACCUUUGGAGAGCCAUAUAUUACCUGGAGUUCCUAAUAUUUCCAUUAGUCACAAAUAGCCCCGUAGAUCUAAUUACUCUACAACAAUGGAUUGCAAAGGGUGCUGAAAAAGCAGGAUGGAAUAUUAAUGAAAUCCAACACAGCGGCUUAAAUGCCAAAAUAAUUGAAAAUUUAAUUGCUAGUACCAUAGAUUAG